UCUGUUUACAAUGGCUAUCGCUCGAGACUAUCAGAGAUGACCCAGAUAUUUCACUUCAUAGGAGCAAAAAUGAUGCAUAUACCUGCUCUUCUGCUACUAUUUUGCGCAACUUCUUCGGUGGUACGUGAAACUAGUGGUGGACGCGUUCGUCGUGCACAGAGAUGCCUUCCCGAGAAGAUAGACCUGUUUUUUGUUGUUCCAACGGCAACUGGUUUCGGAAUACAACUACCGGUGUUGCAAAUCGACCGCCGAUGCAAGGGCGAAGCUCAAUACAUCAUACGUUGGACACCUCGAGGCGAAGAGGCUCGCGAGGAAAGCAUCCCGUGGCAUCAGCAACAUUACGACGUGGAUGGACUCAAGCCAUGGACGACAGUAGAUAUUGAGGCACAUAUGGAGUAUAAGGACGAUGAGGAAGGAAAAGACGAACGUACCCCUCUGAUAAAAAAAGAAACUACAACGCUGAAAGGCACACCAUCGCCACCGCUGAACUUACGAGUGGAUGAGAUAGAGGAGAGAGCAAUACGGGUUACCUGGGAUGCUCCCGAAACACCGAAUGGUCCCAUCGACGGCUACGCCAGACGAAUCUGCUGGGGAGAGCAGCACUGCGAUUCAAGCGGGGCAACAGACUGUAAAAUGGAAUCUGACACAUACGACAAAAGUGCAGCGCACUUUACUGGCCUCAAGCCCCUCAUGUACUACGGCGUCACCCUCCGCGCUUUCAACGUGGUCGGCAAGCGCGAGAAACUGUACAGCCCCCGAACCAAGCUCUGCGUGAGGUUUCCUCCGCCACCUGUCAAACCAUUGGAAGAAGUCAAGAUUGAAUGUGAAAAAGAGCCAAAUAGAGUUUCAGUAUCUUGGGACCUCCCCAAGGAGAACGGGUCUGAAGUGUCCGACGUGUAUGUCGUGGAAAUUCAGGGACGAAAGGACGGAAAAGCAGACAUCGACAGGACUAUAAUGGCGAGCAAAAGCAGUGGGUGCGACGAUAGCACAUGCAGUACGACCGUCUACGAGUUAAAAGCGGAGUUCGAGUACAGUGUUUCCGUCAGACCACACAUCGAACACAUCGGACCUUUCGGGGAAGGAUACAUUGUUAAAAAUUGCCUGCUGCCUCCAAGCGCACCGCCUCCUGCAACAAAAGAGCCAUUCAGAAUUGAGAAUGACGCCCUGAACAAGACUGAAGCUGAAUUUGCUUUCUGGAAGGACAUGUACAGUGAUAUGAACGGCGACGUAUCUUAUUACGAGGUACUUGUUGCAGAAGAGAAUGAUUCUGAGAGGUGCGACCAGCCGACGGUGUGGAAAGAUGCCCAUUCGAAGUCACCGGUGCCCUGCUACUUCGCCACUCCAGCGCUUUGGAUGCCAUUUACGAGCGAUGACCAUUCAGGAGAAAGCAUGCCAUGCGCUUCGAAUGCAACUUAUGCCCAGUGUGUCGUGGGAGCAGAUACGAAAUGUGGCGAAGAUCGCUGCAACGGCCCUUUAAAAGAAAACAUCAAAUACGCAAUUCGGAUACGUGCUUACACAGCUGGAGGUCACACGGAGUCAGCUCCCUUGUUCGUCACGACGGAGAAGACCACAGGGAAAAAGAACGAUGGCAAAAGAAUGAGCAGUGAAGUCUACACCGUGUUCAUUGUGGGUAUUCUUCCGCUUACUCUUGCGAAGGUGCUGUUAGAAGGGCGGUGUACAGUUCAGUGUUGCUAGGGUGACACAGAGACAGUAGGGAGAUACAGAAAUUAAGCGAUUUCAGGAAAUUUCGAGCCACCAGAGGAAUCUGCCCCAGUGGACUUCAAGGAACCAUUGACCGCAAGAUGUGCAUGAUUGCGCUAUCGGACAGCAUAAAUUGAAUCAUGGGC